AUGGGCAGACGUUCAGUCUAUUCAGUCUUUGAUUUUCUCUACAAAAUGGAAUCCAAUCGCGGCCACAAGCCGCACAACUGCAUGAGCAGACUCCAAGCAGCUGCGCACAACUUCCAACAGAAAGCCAAAGACGGGGCGCAGAAAGCCAAGCGCAAGAUCAAGGUCGCUGUACACAAGUCGGCCGAUGCUCUUAUACCAGAUUUCCUUGCGUGCCUCAAUGGGGCAGGCAAACUACGUAGUAGUUCACCUCCAGGCCAGAUUCCACAGACCGCUAGCUCAUUCACCUCAUCCAAAACCGACCUAGUACUAUGUCAUGCACACAAGCAGGAUCAUCUCUUGCUAUCUCCCACGGCAAAAAAAAGGCCACCCCCGUCUCUAGGAAAGGGGAAUCACGAGUUUUUCGAGUCUCGGUACUGGGGUCGAACCCGCGAAAUCCCGUCAAAGGCUAUCCGGCGUCUUGCAUCGGAAGUAAUUGACCCGGAGGGGCAACUUGGAGGAAUCGGGGUGUGGGUGUUAAGCAAGAAACAAGGGUCCUAA